AUGUGGUCGCAGGUGAUGGAAAAGUACAAUACAAGUUCUUCUGAAGGCUUCAUCCUGGUGGGCUUCUCCGACCGCCCCCGCCUGGAGCUGAUCCUCUUUGUGGUGGUCCUCACCUUCUACCUGCUCACUCUGCUCGGCAACAUGACCAUCAUCCUGCUUUGCCUGGACCCCCGGCUGCACACCCCCGUGUACUUCUUCCUGGCCAACCUCUCCUUCCUGGACAUGUGCUUCACCACGGGCUCCAUCCCACAGAUGCUCUACAACCUGUGGGGCCCAGACAAGACUAUCAGCUACGUGGGCUGCGCCAUCCAGCUCUACCUCGUCCUGGCCCUGGGAGGGGUGGAGUGUGUCCUGCUGGCCGGCAUGGCCUACGAGCACUACGUGGCCGUCUGCAGACCCCUGCACCACACGGCCAUCAUGCACCCGCGGCGCUGUGCGCAGCUUGCUUCAGCGGCGUGGCUGAGUGGCUUUGGCAGUUCUCUCGUCAUGGCGCCCCAGACGCUGAUGCUGCCCCGCUGCGGGCACAGGAGGGUGGAGCACUUUCUCUGUGAGAUGCCGGCACUCAUCGGCAUGGCCUGUGUAGACACAAUGGCCCUGGAGGCACUGGCCUUUGCCCUGGCCAUCUUCAUCAUCCUGGCGCCGCACACUCUCAUCCUUGUGUCGUACGGCUACAUCGCAAGAGCGGUGCUUCAAAUCAAGUCAGCUGCAGGGCGGAAGAAAGCCUUCAACACCUGCAGCCCCCACCUGAUCGUGGUGUCCCUCUUCUACGGCACCAUCAUCUACAUGUACCUCCAGCCUGCAAACACCUACUCGCAGGACCAGGGCAAGUUCCUCACUCUUCUCUACACCAUCAUCACCCCCAGCGUGAACCCCCUCAUCUACACACUGAGAAAUAAAGAUGUGAAAGAGGCCAUCAAGAAGGUGUUAGGAAAGGGAAAGCAGGACGGUAAGGAAUGA